ACAAUCGGAAGAGGUUUCAGGAAAUUAGGAUUUUGCUUGACUGGGGGACGUGACUAUUUUUGGUUCACAUUUGUAUUUGCAGGGCUGUUUUUGUGCGUAGACAUGGAGAGGCAUGUCGCCGUGAUCGAGCGGAUACGUCUUUGGUGGCUGCAUAUUCCUGCACUGGCAGGAACAAUAGCAUUCAAUUGAAGGAGAAACAACUCUGUGUUGCAGAUUCGCGAAUUGCUCACAAUCUCUCUUUGUGGAAGUUGGCAUGCUUCAUGGAGCUCCAGGUCCUGGAUUGAGGAUUGCCUUGGGGACGGCAAAAUUGUGGACAGCUAUAGGCUGUUUGGCUGAGUAGCUAACAGGGAAUGUCCAUUGCUGGUGGCAAUUGAUAACCCUGAUAUUCGAGGAUGUAUGUUGUCUGCUCGAAGCAACUCAAGUCCAAUUAGGUCUCUCAUUGCGCCACUGGGUUGGGUCUUUGUUGAACUGCAUUAUCCCGCCUCACAAGCAAGUUCAUAUCCUUCACAAGCGGGUUCAGAUUAUUUGAACCAAUUACACGAGGAGUGUCAGGAAUCAUACUCUUUAAUUAAGAAAUUGGACUGUGUAAGUUGUUUGGGUAAUACGUUCAACUUGGACAGAAUCCUAGUCAUGGCGUGGAUUUUAUUUUGGGAAUGAAAUUUAGAUCAUGAUUGUCGUCAAGAUACACUAAACCUAGACCGUGUGGGGGCUUUUAUUUUCAGAGGAUGGGAGUUGGUAAACCUAACCCCAAAGCUCUUAGGGCACAAAUCAGAGGGUUGAGGUGCAGGUCAAAAUUGGUGAAGUUCUAGAUCGUGGGAAAGAGCUGGAGCCUCGACUGUCAAAGAGCAUAAUAUGUAUGGAUUUGAUGUGUACGAGACAUGCAAAAAUCAACGCUUGACAAUUCCUAUGUGUGUAGUGUUUACACUGUGAUAUUUUCUCCGCAAAAAGGUGUCCUAAUUUAAACACCUUCAUAUUUUUCAUGGAAGUGAAGGUUAGCUUCUGAGUAAAUUGAGUGAGAAACUUGAAUGGAGUCUGCUUAUUGUGAAACCGAAUGUGGAGAGUUUCUUUCAGCAGUGCCAAAAUUUGAGGGACAUACGAGUUUUUGUUUCAGUCAUUCGCUAGAGGUUCAUAGUUUGAACCUGUGGUUGAUUGCCCAGCACUGUAGUACAUCAUGAAGUCGUCCGUUGGUGAGAAUCCCCUCGUUAGGGCGAACCUGGGAGAUAGGUUGUGAAGAUUGUUAUGAUUUUGUGUCAUCGCAAUGUUGAAGAACUUGAAAGACAUACUUCGGUAUGUGCCACCUGAAGAAAAUGAAGGAGAAACUAUUGACCCAAGCGAAGAUCCCACUUUCAAGACUCGAAAAUGGCCCAUCAGCAGACGCUACAUGGAAUCAGCCUUGCAGGAUAUCUGCGAAUACAAUGAUAUUAGUGAGGAGCAGCUGGUCUCGGCACCUGAAACUAUCACCUCCAUAGAGAUGUUUUUGUACAAUUUCCCACAUAUUUGCUGCAUGUCUUUCUUCCCCAAUCUGGUGUCUCUUUCUCUGGUCCAGCAGAACCUUCUCUCCAUCGAAGGGCUCCACCAUUGCCCACAUCUUGAACUCCUUCGCCUCAGCGAAAAUAGCAUUCAAAGGAUGGAAGGUCUAGGAAAUUGCCUGAAGUUGAAGGAGCUCUUUCUCCACAGUAACCGAAUUAACCGCAUAUCCGGAAUAGCGCACCUCACAAACCUCGAGGUGCUAUGGUUGUCAAAUAAUGAAAUACUAAACGUAGAAGGUCUUGGCAACAUACCUCUGAAAGAACUCAGUCUAGCUAAAAAUCCAAUCAGCCAAUUGGGUGAGGUCCUGAACAUGAAAGAACUGGAGUUCCUGAAUGUCGCUGCUACCAACAUAGGCUCUUUCAAGGAAAUAGGCAACUUGACAAGGUUAAAGAACCUAAAAGACCUCCGGUUCUCAGAUCCACAGUGGGGCGAUAGUCCUCUUGCACUUCUUCACAAUUACCAGACAUACAUCUUGUUCCGUCUUCGCCAGUUACUGUCAGUGGACACAGUUGACUUGACAGAGGAGGCCAAACAAGCUGCAAGAGCCAUGUAUACAAGGAAGCGGGUUUACUAUAACAUGUGCAUUAAAACACUCCAAGAAAACCGCAACAAUAGCACUAACCCCUGUUUUAAGGCUGAAAUACAAAGAAUGAAAUCUAUGCAAAAGAAUCUCUUAAAGCUUAUGAAGAUUCGCAAAAUCCUGGAAAAGGAGAUGUGUCAAGAACUAGAUGAAGGUACUGCAAGGACGGGGGAUGAUAAGAGUGCUUUUAGAAAAAGCAACGAGGGGUGGAUGCAAACAAAGGUGAAAGUUGCGACGGUUGAUGAGCAGAUCAUGAGUGUAAUGAAGCACCUUGAUAAUCUACGCACUCAACUUAUCUUAGGAAAGGCCAAGGACCAAGCUGCUGUAGAUUUGAAUAUUCACUGGCUUAUGGUCGAGCUUGAUACUGGUGGCAACAUUCGAAUGGAGGUUGGAAAUUCAAAAGAUGCCUGGUUUAAGAGCUGCGUGGAAUUAGUUGUGUCGCGAUUCUUCCUUGCAGACUUCGUUCCUUUUUCUAUCACAGGGAUGCAGGUGCUUAAGGUCACACGCAUACACAACCGAUUUCUUGAAGACCGAUUUCAGCGGACUCUCGAUGGGCAUACAAGAAUAAACAGCAAAAUGCAUGUAGAGUAUCUGCUUUAUGGAGAGACAUUGCAAGCACCGGAUGAGCUGCAGUGUAUUAUUGAAGAAGGAUUUCCAUUUUCAGUGGUUGAGAAUUCUCCAAAUAAUUCCUCAGGGCCUGUUUUACUUUCGAAUUCAAUUGGACUGGCUGACAUGUGUCGCUUACAGGCUAUUGCAGAGCAGUCAUCCAAUAUAAGCUGCAGAGGCAAAACAACAGGUUGGUUAUUGGUCGUGAAGACAUGUUUGGGUGCCUCAGUUCGAGACGUUACUCACGCUCACACUAGAAACCCACGAACUGCCAUCAUAGUCAAUGGAGUUCUCCAAAGAGAGAGAGCAGACUUUCCUCCUGCGACAAAGGCGUCGUAUCCACAUGCCGACUCAGUGUUCAGAACUCACCCUCAAGAUUCUUCGCAACGCUCUUGGUCAGUGUUUAACGCAACUACAGUGGUCCCUGAAUAUCUAGUAGAAUUUGAAUAUAGCUUCAAGGAAUCUGAUAGUAGCAAGCUGGACCCGGUCGUUGUUAGUCUGAAGACGAGCAAGAAUUCAAGGCUGACCAAUGGACGUAUUGAAGAUGCGGUAUCUGUUGGUGAACAUGAAGCUAAUGGGAAAUGUCAGUUUACAAGAACGGAAACUGAAUGUCCUUAUUCCUAUGAUCUGGUACCAGGCCUCCUGAACUUGAACUUGCGAAGCAAUCCUGUUGUCGAUGAGCCGAGUUACCAGGAUCUAGUUCUACAAGCUCUGCCCUUGCUCGCAGAGCUUGACUGUAAGACUAUCACUACCGAUGACCGCGUGGCAGCCGUGAAUAAAUACUGUCCUCAGCCCCCUCUGUUCCCAACCACAAUAGCAGAAUGUGACAAACAGCCAGCAGCAAUAGGUGUUUCACCAUCCUUAAAUGAGCAAGACCAGGACAACUAUAUCAAUAUUCUUAGGUCUAAACCAGUUCCUGAAAGUGCGGAUGGAAAGCCGGAACCAAAACCAGUUGAACGAAUUGAAAAGGUCCUCGCCCGUUCGGCAACACUGAAGAGUGGUGGUCAAAAGCUUGGAGACCCGUUCAGACUUAGUCCUUACAGGCUAAAUCAGUUCACAAAAUUCUACAGGAUAGAGACAGCAUCGAAGAAGAAGUCCUUGCACUCAGCGAAGGAAGGUCCAGCAACGUAUGAAGGGGUUGAGGAGGUUCAUUUGGAGAACAGGAAGCUCAGGACCAUGUAUUGCUUUGACAGGUUGCCAAAUCUGCGACGUCUGUUCCUGUCAGGAAAUGAAAUAUCCGUGAUUGCAGGUCUUGAUAGUUGUACCAUGCUGGAAGAGCUGAUUUUGGACGACAACGUUAUCAAGCAGGGAAUAGAAGGUUUGAUAUCGUUACUGGAGUUAUAUGCUCAGAACAACCAACUUACCAAAAUGACGGAAAUCCAGUUUGUCCGGGAUUUACCCAAGCUGAUGGUUGUGAAUUUUUGUGGCAAUGCUUUUUGUGAAGAUCGAGACUAUCGACUGUACACAGUCUACUCUAUUCGUAAAUUAAAAGUUCUGGAUAGUGUAAAUGUAAACAGCCAGGAAUUGACAGAAGCACGUAACAAGUAUACCGGGCGCCUUCAAAAGGAGACUGUUGAAGAGAUUGUGGGUCACAAACACUACGAAACCGUGCAGGUAUUGGAUUUAGCUGAACAGAAAAUUCGACACUGUGGAGAUGUAUUUGAAUCACCGGAGUUUCAGUACUUGAGAGAGCUCAAUCUAAAUAAUAAUAUGAUCUCGUCGUUGCAUCCCCUCAGGUACUUGUCAAGUUUGAUAAUUUUGAGGUUAGAAAACAACAAUAUUGAAAACGGGCCAUUGUUACAGCCGCCAAGCGUCUCCACCAGCCCAGAAACCGGAAGCGAGGGCGAAAGGCAAGGAAAAACAGUUAACUCAGUUGCGAGCACGUCUAGGCUUUCAUUGGAAUCACUUGAGGUUUUGGAGUUAAGUGGUAAUAGCAUAAGCAAUAUUAUGUCAUUACGGCUGUCUAAAUUUUCAACGCUCAAGCAUCUCUCUCUUCAAGACAAUAAAAUUACUAAGGUUGAUGGAUUGGAAAAUUUAAGACAUCUGGAGUAUCUGUACUUAAAUCACAAUAGCAUAAAAGAGUUGGAUCCAGGAUCAUUCGCAAACCUGCAGAAUUUACGAAUUUUGCACCUGGGCGACAACUCCCUGAAGACCCUGGUGCACCUUGGGGGACUAAAUGCCCUUGAGAGUUUGGACUUAACAUCAAACCUUCUCACUCCCAAUCGACUCGGAGGUUUCGCCAGCAUUGAUUACUUGUCACCAUUACCCAAGCUUACUAAGCUCUGGUUGAACAACAACCCGAUGAGUAGGCAGAACUAUUACCGAAUUUCCGUUAUAAGCAGGCUGGAUCACCUUGAACAACUGGAUGGACGUCCGGUAUCUCAGGAAGAGAGGCAAGAAGCUGAAGCUUACAGUACCGGAAAGGAGCCGAGCGCCAUUGUUGUGGAUCCAAACGUGUUAUAUGAGAGCCCGCCAAACUCAAUGACGGUGUGUGGCCAAAUAAAGGUUCCGCUGAAAGUCACGUCGAUGAAUUUCGACACUAUCUGCGCAUCUCAAGCAUCAAAAUUGAAUGGGUUGCGGGGGUAUGGAUUAAAUCAAGCAAGCACCCAGAAUGCGACCUACAACUCACUGAAGCAUUGGGAGCAGAUGGACGCAAAACAGGUAGGGUCUUUGGUACGGAAAGGUAGCAAAGGUGAGAACAAACUCUUAAUGUUACCUUUCCAGACUUUCCUGAAGACUGUCACCUCUGGGAAGGAAAGAAUACCGUAAGUGGCUGACUCCUACUCAAAGCGAAAUGUGUAUUUUAAUGACAAACUCGAGUUGUCUUCAGUUUAGGUUGUGCUACUUCAUGGGAUUCUGCCAUUGUUCUUUUCACAUACUCAUCAUUGUUCUGAUGUAAAUCUAGCAAGUCAAAGAGGCUAGAGAUAAUGGGUUCUUGAAUAACUGACCUGCAACGUUGACCUUGCAAAUAAUGCCUACGUGUACAGUGACAAAACAACCAGGUUUGCAAUAUCAACCUCGCAGACGCUACUUUCCUUUACAACAGCCAUGUCUAAGGUAAUACACCUGUAUUCUUACUAAAGUUUCGAAGUCUAUGAGAAAGCUGGUUCCUCUUCGCUCUGUUCCUAGUAGUGCCCUCCGCUAGCUCCAUCAUCUCCAGCUUCUGCUAAACCUUCUUCCCAUCUGAAGCUGCUCCUCGUUGCCUCCAAAGUCCACAUCGGCUUUCCCCUGAUUGAAGAGCUUUUUAUGCGGCGUCGACUGUGCAAUGGAUAUUCAUGAAUGGGAAGUUGUAUAAUAACUACAGCCAGGGAAGAUGACGUCUCUGAGAUUUAUUGCUUUAACACACAGUGACUUUAGGACUCAUUUAAUUGAUGUUCUUGUUAUUGGGAACUAUUUAAGUUCAUUUAUUUGCUGCGAUUGUUAAACCCUAUCAA